CCCGCGCCCGCCGCCCCGCGCCCGGCCGACAUGAAGACCCCCGGCGAGGUGCUGCGCGAGGGCGAGCUGGAGAAGCGCAGCGACAGCCUGUUCCAGCUGUGGAAGAAGAAGCGCGGCGUGCUCACCCCCGAUCGCCUGAGCCUGUUCCCCGCCGGCGCCGGCGCGCGCCCCAAGGAGCUGCGCUUCCACUCCAUCCUCAAGGUGGACUGCGUGGAGCGCACGGGCAAGUACGUGUACUUCACCAUCGUCACCACCGACCGCAAGGAGAUCGACUUCCGCUGCGCGGGCGAGAGCUGCUGGAGCGCGGCCAUCACGCUGGCGCUGAUCGACUUCCAGAACCGCCGCGCGCUGCAGGACUUCCGCGGCCGCCAGGAGCGCGCCGCGCCCGCGCCACCCGGGCCCCGCGCGUCCUAGCCCCGCACCGCCCGCGCCCGCUCUCGGCCCGGCCCGGGGAGGACGAGUGGACUGCGGCCGUCGGGGGAAGCCCUGCCUCGCCGGGAGAUGCUUCCGGAGGGGAGCGGGGGACCUGGCGCCACGAAGUCUCGUGGCCGGAGCCGUCGCUUGCCCCUUUGCGCCGGGUCCCGCGGCACUCAGGCUGGACGCCGGCCCGCUCCCCGCAGAGCCACACGCUGGACGAGUCCGCCCCGACGUCGCAGGGCCGCGCCAAGCAGGUGCCCGGGACGGCGGGAGCCCCGGCCGCCGCGUACCUGCGCGUAGAGGAGGACCUUCCCGGGCGUGCGGAGCCUGGCCCCGCCGCGCCGGCGCGUUAAGUUAUUGGACUAUCUAUGUAUUUAUUUUGAUGGGUCUUUGUCAUGACACCGUUUUGUCUUAAUAUUUUGUUUUUGCAUCAAUGUGUCCAUUCCAAAUAAAUUAC